AUGGCAUGCCUUGAUUGGCGUGAGAUAUGUGAUGGAAAGAUAGAUUGCUUGAAUGGAGGCCAAGAUGAACAGAAUUGUUUCGAACUUGAAGUUAACGAAUGCGAAGAAAAUGAAUUUCGAUGUUAUAAUGGUGCUCAGUGUAUUCCGUUGGGGAUGAUAGAUGACAAUAAACUAAAUCCUGAUUGUCUCGAUGGAACAGAUGAGCGUUUAGUGCCUGCGUUUUUGUGGGAACAAUGCGUGACUGAUCCAGCCUUUCGAUGCGAAGAACGAAAAUGUACCACACAAUUACAAAAUAGUUGUGGUGAUGGUGCUUGUCGGGACGGUUCUUUCCUCCAAACAUCUAAUCUAUUUUCAUCAGACGAAUGCCUAAAUGGUCGUGAUCGAGCUAUAUUAACGGAAGUACUCAGCCGCCAAGCAAAUCCACUAUUAUCUGACGAUUGUUGGGCAGUCAGAUGGUGUCUAAUUCCGCAACAAGCGUGUGCUGGUCACUUUUGUCCUGACGAUUCAAUAUCUUGCGGUGAACUUAUUCGUCGCUCUUGUUCAUUACCGUAUUUUGUAUAUCCUGCUUUGGCAGCGGAGCUCCUUGGAAACGUCGAUCUUGUAGUCAAAACAAAUAUCUCGAAUAUGCACAGAGUAGAAUUAUUUACUUUUGCAUGUUUUAAAAAUAAUCUAUGUGAUGGUCGUCUCCCUCUAUUGACUGAACAAAUUGGUAACUGGUCAACUUGUAUACAACUUGAUAUCUUAAAAUAUUACUUCGUAGAACGUUCAACAAAUUGGAUGGCUAGUUUACGCACAUUGUUAGGUAUUUGUGAAUCUCGAGACUCAACAGCACUAAAUAGAACCCACUGCCGAUCAGAUCAUCAUUUCCAUUGUCCAAAUAAUGGUAAGUGUAUAUCGAAACAUCGUCUAUUCGACGGAAAUACUGAUUGUUUUGAUGAAAUCGAUGAAAAAGUUGGCGCAACAUGUUUCUACGUUAAGAAUAGUGUUCGUGUAGAGUGUUCGAGAACCAUAUCUUCUUAUAGAAAUAGGUGUUUAUUGAUCACCGAUACAAUCGAUGGAUCGUUUACUUGUUUGUAUAACCAGGACAAGACUGAUGAGAUUCAUGAAAAGCGAAAUCAACAACCACCAUUUCCGUUGCUUUGUGAUAUGCAUGCUAAUGUGAUAGCUCUCGAAGGAAAUGAAACAGACGAAACGAAUUGUAUGUAUUGGCCAUGUGACAAUAUUUACACACGCUGCGAUCACAUCUGGCACUGUUCUAAUGGUACAGACGAGGCGUAUUGUGGUAGUUCAAUUUGCCCACCUGCGACACAUCCUUGCUUAUCACCGAUCACCAACGAAUUAAACUGUUUACCAAUAUCCAGAGCUAAUGAUGGCAUUAUUGAUUGUCGGGGUGCAUCAGACGAACGUGACCUUUGCCGCCGUCAAGCUCCUUUCGAUAGAAAACGUCGAUACCGAUGUUGGAAUGAUACAGAAUGUAUAAGUGUUAAAGAACUUUGUGACAAUUAUACCUACCUUAGUGGAAUCGAAGGUGAGGGCUACCAGUGUGAACGGUUUCACGAUGAUGAACAAUUUUGUGAAGACUUUUCUGCCAUGUACAUGCCAUAUGGCAUAUGUGAAUCGUACCAUGAUAUGAAUCGAACUGUUAAACAAGCCGUUCUCUGCAACCUAUCGGAAGAAUUGCCUCAAGCAGAGCAUUAUGGAUUAAGUCCAGAACGCCCUUUCACCCUUAGUGGCAGGCAAUAUACUGUCAUUCCUCAUCUUUCUACGCCUUCAGUCAAAUAUAAGCAGAAUGAUCUAAGAAAAUUUGGCCCUCGCUGCUAUUUAACACGUUCUUCAUGUCGACGGGAUACAUGUUCAUACCACGGUUUAUGUAUACCUAUGGAUGAACGUGUAUCUGAACAAGGAUUCAUUUGCAUAUGCAACGAACAAUAUUUUGGACUUAGAUGUGAACAUUCAGUUCUUCGCAUUGAUAUCACAUUUUCUCAUAUGUCUAUACCAACCGGCAUUCUCCUUCAUUUUAUCGAAGCUACAGGCGAGACAGCUCAUAAGCGAAUAACAACAAUGAAGAAGAUUUCGUUCGGUCAAGAAAUUGCUACAGUACGAAAAAAUGCCAAUAGUGUUACUGGAGGAAAUCGAAAAGGACGUCAAUUAAAUCAACUCUAUAAUCCGCAAGGGCUCUUUAUUGAUAAUGAUGAUAAAUCAGUUUAUAUUGCUGAUUCUGAUAACGAUCGUAUUGUUCAGUGGAAAUUGAAUUCAAAUACUGGUCAAGUCAUUGCAGGUAAAAAUGGACAAGGAAAUCAAUCAAAUCAAUUGAAUUUUCCCAUAGGUUUAUCAUUUGAUAAUGAAGAAAAUCUUUAUGUUGUUGAUAGAAACAAUGAUCGAGUCCAAAAAUAUGAAAAAAAUUUAAAUUUAAAAUAG